GAAAUCUAUGUCACGACGUAACUACGCGCGGUGUCAUCUCGGAUCGACACUAUUCACGACUAAAAGUCGGUGUCAAGAACGCCAUGCCAAUCACACGCCCAAAGAAACUCCGCGGUCCACACUUCCAGAGUCUCGUCGCCUCGCCUCAGAAGAAGUCCCCCCCCUCUUCCCUUCCCUCACGCAAUCCCCAGAUCCCUCCUCGUUGCCCGAUCCACAUCGCGCCUCGGAGCUCGCGAAUCCCUCCUCAAGAUCGUGUUAGCCCAUGAUUCACGAUACGAUUCGCAUUCCCGUUUCGUGCUCGACAGCUCGAGCUCGGUCGCUGGCACCGAUUUCGUGGGCGACUCAGGUUCUUCUUUUCCGCCUCCUCAGAUCUGCAUUGUCAUUAUAAAUGCGGGAUUCCGGGUCUUAGAUCUGAUGGGUCGGUCCCAGUUCUUGACGACUGUUGCGCAGGCUGCGUGAGCUUUCUGUGAUGUUUAUCUGACUGUUCUUGAAUUUUGCGGAGCUGGGGCGCGGCGGAAAUGGAGGUCUCCUCUGGACACUCCCCGAGAAUUAAGUUGUCCCGAGCCAAGAGUGAGGGAUCUGAGGGAACCCAUUUGCAGGAUUUGGAUAUGGAGUCAUCCGUUUAUGGUGGGUCUGGGCAGAGUCGGGCUCAUCAGUACCAUUACAUGAAUGCAUUGGAGAUCUUGAGGGAGACCGUGCGGAUCCUCCGGUACAAUCUGUCCAGCUUCAUGCUGAUCGCGGCAUUGCUCAUCUGCCCUGUUUCUGCGAUAACUCUGUCCAAUGCGUUGGUUGAUCAGUCGAUGCUGAAGAGGCUGACCGUUAGGCUCGUGCUGGUGGCCCAGUCGAGCGGACUCCCACUGAGGCCUUUCGUCAAGCAUUCGUGCCAGAAGUUCUCCGAGAUGGCAAUCUCUUCGGCCAUGUGCUUCCCCUUGUUCGUGACGCUGUCGUUGUUGUCGAAGGCUGCUGUUAUAUACUCGGUAGACUGUACUUAUUCGAAGAAGAGAGCCGAUUCGUCGAUGUUCUUUGUGAUAGCCGCCAAAAUUUGGAGGCGGAUCGUCGUGACUUACUUGUGGACGUGCAUGGUCAGUGUGAGUUGCCUCACAUUGUUUGUUGUUCUUCUGGUUGCCAUUUGUAGCGUGUUGUCUAUCAUCAGAGUUUUUGAGACUCUGAUUGUUUAUGCAGCCCUUUUGGAAGGGUUGGUUUUCUCAGUCGCUUUUGCUAAUGCCAUUAUCAUUUGUAACAUUGCUAUAGUCAUAUGUGUACUGGAGGAUGUUUCUGGUCCUCAGGCCUUGUUCCGGUCGAGCUCUCUAAUAAAGGGCCAGACUCACGUAGGGCUCCUGAUAUUCCUUGGGUCGACAAUCGGGAUGGCAUUUGUACAGGGCUUGUUUGAGCAUAGAGUCAAGGUACUGAGCUACGGAGAUGGGUCCUCGAGGAUAUGGGAAGGGCCUCUCUUGGUGAUAAUGUACUCAUUUUUGGUGCUUAUCGAUUCCAUGAUGAGUGCAGUAUUUUAUUUCAGUUGCAGAUCACAUAGCAUGGAAGCAUCGGGUGUAGAUCGGCAACCGAUUUUGGAAAGUAUGGCUAUCUCUGCCGAAUCAAUGGAUAUCUAACCAAGUGCAAGCACAGGAUCUAUAUACUUCUAUCUGGAAGAGGAGAGUUGCAUUAGAAGUUAAGUCCAUUGCCAUUUGUUAUUCUUUAAGCUCUCGUAUAUUGAUUAGUAUCCAGUUGUUCCCAGUUGAGCUAUUCCAUCAUUGGUUUGAUGUGGAGAACAAAACUAGAUGGCUCCCAACCAUGUUGGUAGGUAAUUCAUUCUACUGAUUAUAUUGGUCUUCAGCACACAAUGACUCCGAAAGAAAGUUGAAAAUGGCAGUCACAUAUUGUUGGAAAUAUUACUCUGAAUAUACAGAAUAAGAUAGAUAGAUCAUAUGAAUUUGCUUUUGCACCUUGGGUUCUUUCAAGAUUUUCAUUUUUGGGUUGUUCUAUAUGCGACCGCGUACUCAGUGGCGUUGUGUAUUUUAAGGCAUCAGGCUUCAUUAGCUUCAACAUUAUGCAUUAAGCUGGAACUGAGCUCCAAUGCACAGGGAUAGGUUUUAACUUUCUAGUAGAGAGAAUUGCUUAAUUUUGAGUGGAAAUAGUUUUUCAGCAUAUGUUGAACAUUCGAUUAUACCCUAGUAAUUGCAAAUUGUAAGUUGUUGUCA